AUGGGGAAAGAAAGUAUGGGUUUGAGUCUGAGUUUGAGUUUCCCUCACAGUCAUCACCUAAAUCUAACCCCUUCUUCUGCUAAUACUUGUUAUUCUCCUUCUGGUGUUCCCUUCAAAAACCCUCAUGGAACGAUGUCGUCUCUCCUCCUCCAGCUCUGGAUAUUUUUGACCACCGAGGCUAGAACGUUUCUUAGAGGAAUCGACGUGAACCGGUUACCGUCAACAGUCGACUGUGAAGAAGAAGCCGGAGUUUCAUCUCCGAACAACACGAUAUCGAGUGUGAGAAAAAGGAACGAAAGAGAAUCGAAUGGAGGCAUCAGUGAUGAUGAAGAUGGCGACACUUCAAGAAAAAAGCGAGUGCUAGUCACAUGUCGUCCCCGAAACGUCCUCAGCCAGCACCGAAACGUCCCCGUAUCAUUCGGCUAG